AUGCCGGACGACAAUGUUGCGGGCCCUCCCUUGCCGGUCGCGAAAGGAAAACCAGUCAGCGAAGCUCUGUUGAACGAGAAGUGGGAUCGUGCCAUAUCCUCGCUGGUGAUCAGAUCAGGACUCGGUUUCUCCUUCGGUGUUAUAUUUUCGGUAUUGCUGUUCAAGCGGAGAGCGUGGCCCGUAUGGUUGGGCACAGGGUUUGGCGCAGGAAGAGCUUGGGAAGAAGCUGAUGCGAACUUCAAGAGAGGCGACACAUUCACCGCGGACGGUCUAAGGAAAGUGAGGACUGAUAGGUGA